AUGUGCCCCCCACCAAAAACCACACCAACGCCACCCCCGCUAUCCAACUCAACCCCAACCCUCACAACACCUUUUUCUCCCUGCACAUUGCACCUUGCACCGAAUCUACGUCACACCCCGUUUCAACCACAGAAGGAGACAAAGACCGCCCAGUAUGCCCGGCGACAAAUACACGGAAACGUAUAA